CGAUGAGUUGAUUCCCUCCCCGUGUAUGGUUCCCCUCCGAUUUCAUCUACUGAUGCUAAUAACCAUACAGACCAAGGGUUUUUUGGUACAGAACUAAGCUCUGGUCAACAAGAUGAGGGAACGCUUCUUCGGAGAUUUGAGACAUUCUCUCAAAAUGAGUUCCCAAGGCGAAUGCGCCCCCACAUUGAGGACCUAGUUGAUCGCGCGGUCGAGCAGACUCUGACGCCUGAAGCACUCACGCGUGUUUUUGGGACUGUUCUUCAGAGUAUUUUUAGCGCCUUCAGAGAGAGGAAUGGUUUUCACGAGAGUAUCUCGCGUACUGACGCUCCUCCUGAGAUAUCUGAAGAGGCCGGCAUUGAACCUGGUGCUCCUGGGCGGAUCAAUGAGUUAUCGGAUGAUGCAGCGCCUACUCUGUAUAUCAAUAGGCGGGAUGAUUUUUCGGUAUCAGAUAUACAAUCACUUGGUAAUCUUGUGGAACAAGCACCAGGUCAAGAGGUGGAGUUUGAUUUUGUUAAAUUUCUAAAAUCUUUUGAGGAAGAAGAUAGAUUAAGCUGAGUAAACAGUUUCUAUUCAUAUGAUAGCUUUUGAGUUCAUUCAAAGAGGAAAC